AUGCCUCCUCGAGUGCGCGGCGCAUCAACGCCGCUGGUUGGCCUCGAUGCCGCCGUCUCUAUCUCCUCUAGGAGCUCCUCCUCCCCAUUCCUCCGAACGUUCUCGACAACGCCAUGCCGCGAGAAAAUGAGUAAAGGCCGUGCGAGGAUGUUCGAGUGGUUGAACCAUGGUGGCGGCAGGAGUCUUGCUGAGGCCGGUACAAGCCCUAAUUACCUUGGUCCUCACCAAGAUCAGCCUUUCCCUCUCAACCCCUUGUUCCGAAGCCAAACUGUGCUGUCUGACCAGACACGCGAGAUUAUUUAUGACAAGGUUAUAGGCAAGGGUGAGUUGCUCAAGGCGGUGUCUGCUGAAAUGCACAUCGACGUGAGACGAGUUGCCGCCGUCGUGCGGUUGAAGGAGGUUGAGAAGCAAUGGAAAGCCGAAGGCAAGCAGCUGGCAGUUCCUUACGCUAGAGCAGUCAUGAAGAUGCUGCCCAAGACAUUCUGGGAGGAGGGUGCAGAGAAUGUGCCACACGAGCCCAUUAACGAGAUUCACGUGCACAACCUCACAAUGCAACAACUAUUUACGCCCGUGUCGGAAUCUCGGCAUUUCACACGAGAGGAUGCCGCCAAGGCCUUCCACGAUAGGAUGCUCUCUGCCGAUAAGCGAUCGCCUCAACGUGAGCUCAUCAAAAUGGAGAAACAAGUUAUCAAGGGGGUUCCACGUCAGGAGGCCUUGACCAAGUUCCAAGAACUCGUUCAGAAACAUGAGACUGAAGAUUCCGAGAAAGAAGCUGAAAAAGGUCGGUUCCUGGACAGUAUGACGAAGCGAGUCAAGACGGACCGUUAUGAGUUCCGGUUCAAGCCUAUGGACAUUAACGAGGUGGGCCGUGACGGUCGCUCAAGAAAGGGAACCGGAUGGCGCUACGGUGCACCUUUCGAGGACCGCAAGCGUGGGUUGGUCAAGAUUCCUACAUCGGUGCCUUGA